AUGGAUCUGGCGAGCUGCAAGGCUCUCGUCAACUUGUCUCACCCACAGCCACCCGAAAAAUACUGUGUAUGCGUUCGUCGCGAAGGCGCCAUCAGCUGCGGACAAGGGUCUGCUGGCCAAAGUUGGAUCUGUGUGGUGCUGGUUUGUGGAAACUACGGCUGGUGCCGCACUGGCACCCACGUCCGACGUCAGCGGGGAACGACUGCAAUAGGUUCAGAAAUCAGUAUGGCAGUGUUCGAUUAG